AUGGAUAUCUUGGAAAACAUUCCGAGGUAUAGAGAAGAUGGACCACCAUACUGGCUAAUAUUUGUUGGUCAAAACACAAGAUACUGUGAAGCCAUACCAUUACAGUCCAAAAAUAUUUUAGAUGUGAAAACUGCUUUGACAAUAUUCGUUGACAAAUACCAUCCAACAAAACUGACAUCUGACUGUGAAAGUUCUUUCAAAUCAGACGAUAUUAAAAACUAUCUGCGUUCAAAAAAUGUAAACCAAUAUUUCAUUGUCGACCAAAACCAUUCUGCUCUUGGUGUCAUUGACAGUUGUAUAAAAAUCUUAAGAGACUUAAAUCAACCACAAGGUGGUGAGGUAGAUGAAAUGUCAUAUGACGACAAGUAUAGACAUUUCUCCAUGGCAAAGAUGAGACAAGUUUUAAAUAUUUACAAUACCCGUAAACAAAAAGGUUUGGGAAACCACUCCCCCGAAGAAAUGAAAAACAACCCUGACUUAGAGAAAGACUAUAUAUUUAAUAGUUUAGUCAAAAGAGACAAACAAGAAAGAAUGCCAGGCUUCAAACUUAAGAAAG